CUGGUCGUAAGCAGUGAGAGUAGAGUGGGCAGGCUGGCUGUUAAAGAAAGAGCUGCGCCUCAGGACCCUCCUCUCUUCAUCACUACGGCGCUUUUCGCCCGUUGUUCGUGAAACGUGAGGCCCUCCCGAAGAACUCCGACUCGCCUAUCUUUCCUUGUGAUCUGUUUUAUAGAAGUGCCGGACUAAUAUUUAUCCGGACCCUUACACGUAUUGGAUUUUUAUUACGCUCUUUUCUUAACUGACGAACGGUUUAUUAACGGCUCCGGCCAUGGCAGCGAGCGCGAAGCGAAAGCAGGAGGAAAAACACCUGAAGAUGCUGCGGGAAAUGACGAGUUUGGCGCUCAACCGAAAGUGCUUCGACUGCGACCAGCGCGGCCCGACCUACGCCAACAUGACCGUGGGCUCGUUCGUCUGCACGUCCUGCUCAGGCAUCCUACGAGGCCUGAAUCCCCCCCACAGAGUGAAGUCUAUUUCCAUGACGACUUUCACGCUACAGGAAAUUGAAUUUCUACAGAAGCAUGGAAAUGAGGCAUGUAAACCGAUAUGGCUCGGCCUUUAUGACGACAGAAACAUGGCCAUCCCAGACUUCAGAGAACCUCAGAAAGUCAAAGAGUUUCUUCAGGACAAAUACGAAAAGAAGCGAUGGUAUGUUCCUCCAGAGCAGGCUAAGACUGUGGCGUCGGUUCAUGCGUCUAUCUCUGGCUCGUCUGCUAGCAGCACCAGCAGCACUCCAGAGGUUCGACCCCUCAAAACAUUACUGGAGGAAUCCGUACCCAGUUUACACUUCAGCAAAAACACACCCAGCCAGUCUCCGGUUGUGUCGCGCGCUCAGCUGGCCCAGCAACAGUAUCAGGACAGGAAGUUCGAUCUGCUCAGCGAACUAGGUGGCGACAUUUUUGCAGGUCCGCAGUCUCAGUCCACAGGCAACGCAAACUUUGCCAACUUUGCACAUUUCAACAGUCAUUCAGCGCAGAAUGCUAAUGCUAAUGCAGACUUUGCCAAUUUUGAUGCGUUCAAAUGUUCUGCUGCUCCGACCACAGCAGCGUUUCCAUCGGCUCCACAGGACUCAUUUCAGCCCACACAACCAGUGUACAACAGUCUCCCAUUUAGUCGCAGUGUGGGCGAGUUUACCUCAUCGCUGCCUCCACUGGCCAUGCACAGUAGCUCAUCAGGACUUGGCAAUCCCAACUUUGCCAACUUCGAUAACUUCCCCAAAUCGUGCAGUGCUGACUUUGCCUCGUUCAGCUCCACCCAGAGUAACUCUGUGGAAGCGGUCAGUGUCCCUGCGGAUCGAUACGCAGCCCUGGCCAACCUCGACAACGUAUUCAGCACCAAACCUGAACAAGGUACGAGCUCGGCCCCUCCAUCGGCAGGCGUGGGUCCGCCCCCUCCACAGGCAGCUCUGUUUGGCGGCGACCGCUACGCUGCGCUAGCUGAACUGGACACAGUCUUUUGCACCUCAGCGCCAAAUGCGAGCGGCUACAACACUGCCACCACAACGCAAGGGGCUAUGUUUGGAUCCUCUACAGCCGUUGCUCCGGCUCAAGCACAACAGGGUUUACCCAGCAUGCUUCAGGGUUUUGCAGGCCCUUCGACGAAUCCAUUCGUCGCUCCCGGGGCUCCGCAGGCCACUAACCCAUUUCAGACCAAUGGGAGAGGAGCAGCACCAGGAGUGGGCGUGGCCACAGCAGACUUGAUAGGACCCCUGCAGGGUCAGGCUUACCCUGCGGCUCACUUUGCCUCUUUCGGUCCGCCGUCCAUGAGCAUGCCCACUGGUUUUGGAAACGCUGCUGCAUACAACCUUCCCACCAGCUUCAGUGGAAACUUCCAGCAAGCGUUUCCUGGACAGCCGUUUGCCCAGCCGCACGCGUAUCCCCAACAACACAACGGAGGUUUUGCUGCGUUUGGUCAGGGUAAGGGCGCUCCAUUUGGACAGACGGCACCUGGAGUAACCAACAAUCCCUUCCUGGCGGGGGCAGCACAGUUUCCUGCUGGAGGCUCAUCCACAAACCCCUUCUUAUAGCACUCUUGUGUCCUCCAGCGGGCGACCUGCGACUCCUUCGCACCUCUUGCACUGUUUUGUCCUGCAAGUAGCUUUAAAAAACAUCAUUUCUUAAAGAUUUUUUAUUGAAUUUUAAG